UGGGGGACCAAAAAAAAAUCUCUUUUUUUUCUCUCUCCCCCUUUUUCUCUCUCACUCUAAUCUUUUAACCCGCCCAAUGUCUACGAAAUUAAAACUACCUUCUAUUCCAGUCCGAACCCCCAAGAAUCGGUUUCAAUCUGACAUUGAAGAAGCCAACAAGAUUGGACAACGCGUGACUAUUCCCAGUUUAGAUAAUUGCACGGGUAUUCUUCGUUAUGUGGGUGAACCUGAUUUCAAGUCGGGUGUCUGGGCAGGUAUUGAACUAGAUAAGCAAGGUGAAGGCAAGAACGACGGCAGUGUACAAGGAAAGAGGUAUUUUCAAUGUGCUCCAAACACGGGUAUAUUCAUUGGCGUCAACAAAAUUAUUAUUCACCCACCAGCUCUUCCCACCAUGAAAAAGAAACCUUCACCUACAUCUUCAACCACGCGUAAAUCAAACUUGCCUUUAACAAGAAAUCCUUCCCAUUCAACUCGAAUUUUAAACUCUUCUUCUUCUAGUUCCACCACCACCACCAAUAGCAGUCAGAGUACGAAAAUGAGGGCUCAUGGUUUACGUAUUUCAUCCGUACCUACAACAACCGCCGUCACUUCUUCACCACCGUCGUCGUCAUCAUCAUCGGCAGCGACAGUGACAGCGCCUGCUAUGACCAGAAAAAAAUCAACGCCUUCGCCUGCUAUAACUACCGUUCCUGUCAUACCGGUCAUCCCACAUUCACCUACCCCACCUCCUCCUCCUCUUUCAGUGGUACAAACCCCUCCUCCAGCGCAGACACCGUCACCUUCUGUAACACCAACACCACCACCACCGCCAGCAGUAGCAACAGCGGCAGUAACAGCAACAACAUCAACAUCAACGGCAGCAGCAGCAGCAACAGCAGUAGCAGCGGCGGAAGAAAAACAUCACCAAGAAACAAACCAACUGUAUGAAAUGUUAGAAAAAGUGCAACGUGAACGAGAUCUAUUCCAGCAGCAAAUGAAGAGCAAGGAGACAGCGUGGGAGCGACUUGUCUCAUCCAAGGAAAGUCUGGUGAUACAAGUGGAAGAGCGUGAUGCGACGAACCGUCGUUUACGAAAUGAAUGGGAUGCGUUGACGACACGAAUGGAAACACUGGAAGGGGAAUUAGCAGAACGCGAUGCAACCAUUGCUAAAUUUCAACGUGAUGAGGAAAAGACGAGCCAGGAUGGACGUCGAAUUGAACGUUUGGAUCAUCUGGUGCGUGAACUUCAGGCGCAGGUGAAGGGACAGAUGGAGGAAGCAGUAUUGAAGGGACGUGAGUACCAGGGGUCCAUCGAUCAAGUACGUAAGGAAGUGACGGCCAGUGAAUCGUUGAACGCUGCGUUGGAAAAGGAGUGUCAAGAACUAAGAUUGGCGGGUUUAGAGGCGAUGCAUGCCUAUGAGGACUCGGUGCAUGCGAUCACGGCCAAGCAUGCACACCAAUUGGAAGAAAAGGAUGCACAAAUAGCACGUCUGGAGUAUAUCAUUGCGGAUCUGAAACAUAAGCAAAGUACAUUGUUUGAUGACGAUGAGUUGGAUAUCGAGACGCGUUUGAAGGAGCUCUCACAAUCGAAUAGCAGUAGCGAUCAAACCCAUCGUCUGGAGGAACAAUUGGAGCUGACCAUGGCAGAAUUGGAUUCGGAAAGAAGGACGAUAGCAACGAUCGUGCAUGAAUGUGAUGGAUUGAAAUUGGAAUUGAAGGCAGCGCGUCAACAAUGCGUGACGACGGAACAAAAAUAUGGCGCGUUGCAGGCGGAUUUCGAAAAGGAAUUAGCGGAUAAAAAGAAAUUGAUGGAGGAGGCGGAUAGUGCAUUUGAGAGACAAGCGAAAGCGGAAGAUGAACAUUAUCAGUCCAAGUUAAGCACGAUGGCUUUAGAAAAGGAAUACAAUGCGUUACUAGAGAGUCAUAAACAAUUAGAAUCCGAAUACAGUAAAUUGAUGGAUGAGAUGAUGGUGUUGGAAAAGCAAGAUGCUUCACCUGACGCAGGAAUCCGAGAGAAAUUUCAAGCGCUCGAAAAUGAAAGGGAUACACUAACCAAGCAAUUGGCAGAAAAGAGCACACAAGUAAAACAACUGUGUAAAGAUUUGGCCGAAUUGGAAAACUUGGUUGAAAACCGAGUGUUUGGUGAAUCUGAAUUAGAGGAAGAAUUAGAGCUGGAAAGAAAGAAGGUGAUUUCAUUAUCACGAGAAUUAAACGAGGUUAAAAGUAGUCAUGGAAGGAAUAGCUUUAAGAAUAUGUUGAUCUCACCUACCACGACCAGUACCACGUCGAGUCCAACACCAUCUCAUGGGAAUGAUGAUUUAUCGCGAUACUGCGAAAUUUGCGAACGAUAUGGACAUGAUUUAUUACAAUGCAAAAAUACGACUGCUGCUACUGCUGCGGCAGCGGCGGCUGCCAAAAUGUAUUGUGAUAAUUGUGAUGAUUAUGGAAACCAUCUCACUGAACAUUGUCCUAAUCAAGAUGAAACCUUUUAAAAAAAAAAAAGAAUAAUAAACAUUUGUAUAUAUACACACA